AUGCUUCACAUCACGACCUUCGAAAACACCAAAGUCAACGUUCACGUUCCUUCUCUAAUCCAACAAGGGGAUCAGCAGUUCUCUGUGAGCGCUCUGGGCGUUAAAGUGGUCACUUUACCAGGAAAAACACGUUUUGGUGAAUUCACUGGAAAGGACACAAAGGGUAUUCGUAUCACAGUAAAUAAACCGAUAUCCGUUUAUGGAUAUGGAAGGAUUCUCCUAGGGUCGCACCACAUUGGUGAAGGCUUCCUUGGGUUACCUGUGGAUGUACUCGGAAAGGAAUACAUUGUCCCAACGUACUCUCCUGUAGGAAGCUCUAUUGUGCAGGUUGUAGCUCAAGAAGACAAUACCGAGGUGUCUUUUAUGUUGCGCCUACCGAGGGGUGGAAGGGUUCAUUAUGGAGAUAGAUAUUUGUAUAAUGGCGAUCUUCUUAACACGACUCUAAAUGAUCUGGAAGUGUUUCAAGUUCAGGGCGAUAGUGAUCUCAGUGGAACAGUAGUGACAUCAUCCAAACCUGUUGCUGUGUUUUCUGGGGAUGACUGUACUGUGGUGCCAGAUAACACAUUCCCGUGUAAUCACCUUGUAGGGCAAAUCCCUCCGGUAAGCUUUUGGGGUAAGGAGUUUAUUACCAACCCUACCCCUGACCAUCUUGGUGGAGAUGAAUUUCAUAUCAUUGCAUCAAAAGAUACCACAGACGUUAACGUGGACCGGCAGAAAUAA